AACUAUGUGUUAGGCAUAGCCAGGCAGAUUGUAAUCAUGAUUAUCGCGAUAUCAAUGAUAUUGCUCUUUGUUGGGAUCGGAAUUCUGAUCCUGAUUCACAUCUGUAUCGUUGGGAGAGCAUACAGACGAGGAAUUGGAACUACUAACAUAGUAGAGAGAGGCAGCUUAGCUAGCAACAGCAUGUCACAUGAGGAUAUAGAAAAGCUUCCUUCUUAUGCCUUUCAGUCCAAAGAUAAAGGGACAAGUCCAAUUGAAUGUGCAGUUUGUUUGGAUAAUCUCAAAGUAGGUGAAAAGUGCAGAUUGUUGCCUCUUUGCAAUCACAAUUUUCAUGCUGAAUGCAUAGACUUAUGGCUCUUGAAAACAUCCAUUUGUCCAAUAUGCAGAUCUACUGCUGAUUUUCUAAAGGGUGGAUCGAUAUCUGGUGGAGAAAGUAGCCGAUACAGUGAAAGUGGAAGGCAGGAAUUAAACGCGGAAACUGCUGAAUUAGCAAUGAUAUUGGUACCAGAGAGUGACAUUCCCGUCAACAACUUAAGCUUUGAGACGAGAACAAGUCAUACUGGGAGUACAGCCCAAGACAGUGAACAAUUGAGUGGAAUUGGUCCAAUAGAUAUCCAAAUUACUAGUGAAGUUAAUGUGAACAUUAGUGAGAAUUCUUCUGAGUUGAGAUCAAUUACCCAAACUAUAGAAAGUAUAAAUUUGGUUCAUGAAGAAAUACAACAAUCAAGAAACACCCAAACAGCUCAAUUAAGCUAAUUAAUUAGCUUGAUCAGGGUUGACAGUCAUUAUAUAGAAAUGUUGCUUAAUUUGCCAAGAAAAUAUUUCUUGGAA